UUCCUUGAUCCCUCGACAACGCCAGUGUGAAUGAUUGUCACGCUUGCGUCUCGGCUGCUCCGUAAAUACUGCAUAUUAUCAGUAACGGUGUUAGAAUCGGCCUUAGAGCCGGAGACACCAGCCGCUAGCCGCCAGCAAAGCCGCGAGCGCCAGGUGAAAGUCAGACGCACACCUCGUUUUGAGAGACAAGCACGCCUGUAUCGAUGAUUUCGUAUUCUAUCUGUGACUUUGUAAAUGAUAAACGCUAAUAAACAAACAAAAGUGUUCGGUUUGCCGAUGUGCGAUCGUGCUGCUACGACGACGACAACAGCGCGUCACAGUCGCGAUCAACGGAGCGCAUUCGAAGCUGAUCGCCUGAUAGUGUCGUGCGGAGGCGCGGGACCGCCGGCAGCGCGGGCGCACUGGCGCUUCCACUCAGUCGCGACCAUGUUGACAUCGUGCGCCGUCGUAGUCCUAGUGGCAGCGCUCGCCACCAUCGCCAGCGGCGACAUCGUGCCACCGAAAACGAUAAACACGUGGUGUUUACCUGCCGAACAAUUCUACAUAGACAAGAUAUUCGACAAGUACGGAGAUAAAGGAGUCAUCACGUUUGAGGGCUUCGAGCAUUUGUUGGAUAAUUUGGGCCUCGGAGGACGUAUAUUCAAUUCGCCGCAUGACGUAGCCCUUCACCGCAUCAACGGCUCCUUCAGACAACUGCAUGACAUUCAGCACCGACACAAGCGGUCACCAGUUUCAGGCACUGUACCCGUAUUGAAAAAGGAAUCAUGCCUGUCUCCAAGGGAAAUACUGAAAGUUUACGGCGUGGAGAACGAGCCUGGCGUGAUCAGUAUUGGACCAAAAAAACUCUUGGAAAUAUGCCCCGCCCUCGUCUACCAGCUGGACCAACGCUCCUGCUACAAAACAGAAAUGCCCGUGCCAAAACUUGAAAGACAUUGGACUUGGAUUUACGCUAGUUUGAGCAUUUUAGUAAUCAGCGCAACCGGUCUGCUGGGUGUAGCAAUUGUACCAUUACUGAAGUCUGUUAUCUUCAGCCACGUACUACAUUUCCUCGUGGCCGUAGCCGUGGGUACACUAUGCGGUGAUGCACUGCUGCACCUGUUGCCCCAUGCACUGAAGUCUCACGGUCCACCGUCUGCACCACAAGAAGAAACAGAAGUUAUACUCAAAUGCAGCGUCACUUUCCUUACUAUUCUAUUGUUCUACACCGUCGAGGCUGUAAUGCAAACAAUACAUGGUGGACACGCCCAUUCUCAUGAUCAAGGGAAACCUAUUGAGGGGAUCAAAUCUGAUACGAAGCAAAUAGAAUCCAUAGAGCUAGGUGCGAUGAUGCCAGGAUCACCACCGCCACCAGUUGACCGCCCUAUGACAUCUACCGCCCUCAUGGUGAUAGUUGGUGACGCUUUGCACAAUUUAACCGAUGGUUUAGCUAUAGGAGCUGCAUUUAGCGGUGACCCAGUAACCGGCUUUGCAACAGCAUUGGCAGUGUUCUGCCACGAACUGCCUCAUGAGCUGGGUGAUUUCGCUGUACUGCUACGGUCUGGUAUGAGCAUCAAACGCGCUUUGUAUUACAACUUGCUGUCAUCUAUCUUAAGCUUCAUGGGCAUGGCGGGUGGAAUAUGGCUUGCCGAGGACCAUGAAUCCACUUCCCAGUGGAUUUACGCUGCAACUGCCGGUACAUUCUUCUACAUAGCGCUUGCAGACUUAGUGCCAGAGAUAAAUGAAAACAAUCACGGGAAGAGUAUCAACUUGUUUCUAGCGGUGUUAGGCAUACUCACAGGCGGUGUGAUCAUGCUGCUCAUAGCACUUCACGAAGACUCCAUACAAUACCUGUUUAGAAAUGCAGAACAAUAAAAAAGUUAGUUGAAUAAGUAGGUACUAUGUAUUAAGUUAUGGUACAUGUGUAAUGUGAUAAAUGUACUCAUGGUUGUUCAAAUACUUUAUUAUAAUUGAUUACCUAAUAUUACUAGAUAACUAAUAAAAGUUCGUGUUAACGUUGUUAUGUAGUUCGUACCUAAUCGGACCUAACUACCUGCCCCGUUAAACGGUAAAGAACUUCAAAUUGCAAUCAAAUAGGCACUUACUAUUAAUGUUUAAGUUUUCUAAAAAGAUUUAUUAUAUUAGGUACUAUAGAAGUAGUUUUGUACAAAGUAAUUUGUAAUUAUUUUUACUUAAGUUUUAAUCGUCGCAUGAGUCUUCAAUGUUUUUAAAAUAAGUUAAAUAAAUUGUGCUCUUCAAAUAUAUCUCGCGCAAGUCAGGUAGAGUAGCAUACCAGCUACUUUGUAUAUGAAGGUGGCCAAUAAUAAACAAUUCCUUAGUUUGGCGGCUCCUUACUGUCGAGAACAACAAUAGCUCAUUUCUAGACGACCAAUAUAAAAUAGGUCAAAAAAGCCAACGAAGCUUAUGGGUUUACGACUCAUGAAAUUAUUGUAAAUAUAGAUAGAGUAAUAUUAACGGAAUGUUCUAAAGACAAUCGAGUAAACAUAUCAAUAAGCAAUUUAUCUCAUAAUAACACCUGUAAAUAUUGUUUAUAAGUAUCAACAAGUCACUUCUAAAAUUUAUCCGUAACUUUGUAGUCACCUGCCUACGAAAUUAUUUAACAAAAUAAUUUUUAACUUUUCAAAAUUAUACAUAAUAUAAUAUUUGUUGAAUAUAAAAAAAACCUGCCAAUAAAACACGUAAAUA